GGGCGAGUACGCCUACCACUGACGCCGGUUAUCUCCUUAGCCUUUAUCACUCGCCAAUAAAAUAUACAUGAGUGUAUGAUUUUACAUGCAAAUAUGUAAUUUAUUAAAACGAUAUUUCAACAAAGUGCAAUGCUGCAGAGUUUUAUUGCUCGAAAGAUGGAGAUCUGACCGUCCGAAAAAAAAAAAUAAAAACCAUACGGCGGCGGUGUGUAGUGAAUCACGUAUUACGAGGACGCGCGCGCCGACCGACCGUCGACCGGCGGUGACUAGUGUGCGUGUGUGCCGUGCGUGUGUGUGUGUGCACCGUGUGUGUGUGUGUGAGCCGUACUGCCUUGGUGCCGUGUGCGUGCGUGUUUGCCGUGUGCGUCCGUGUCCGUCGUGUACGUUCCGCAAACUUUUUGAAUAAUUCACGACGCCCGCACACCGUAGGCAUUUUUUAUCAUCGUCGUCGUCGUCGACAGAGAAGUCAGGACCCGGCGAGUGGGCUGCUCAGAACGACGACGACUGCUCAUCCACACGUCGCGAAUACCGCUUUUCGGAGUACACACUCGAACGUGUUCCCCGAUAGUUUCGGAAGAUCCGAGUGCCAAGUCCGUGUUCUAUCGACACGAGAUCCUCUCCAUGACGAUCUGCGUCCACAGACACCAACGUCGCCACAACCACUGAUCCUAGUCGUAGGCGAACAAACGAUAUCGGCCGCGGAACAUGUCUGUGGCCGUUUUGACUGCCAUCGCGGUUUUCAUCAUCGCUGUGUUUCGUAUGCUCAACGUUUCCAGUCAACCUCAAAAACCAUCCUUCUUUUGCAGGGACAAACAGUUCCUCAACAGAGUCCUGAAAUUCGCGCCCCAACUUGAGGAACCAUAUGUACCAACUAGAUUGUGGGGAUUCAGUGGUCAUGUUCAAACUAUUUUGUACAGUGUUUUUGGUAGAGUGAGAUGUCCAUGUCCUAAAGGAGACCGAAGAUUCUUAAUUCUUGAUGAUGGAACUACACUUACAUAUGAUCUGUUUAAGCCAACUUUUAUUGAACCAGAACUAGAGGGCAUUACUGUAGUUAUAGUUCCUGGAAUUUGCAAUUCUUCAGAGAGUGAUUAUAUUCGAACAUUUGUUAAUUAUACUCAAAACCAAGGUUAUAGAUGUGCAGUUCUUAAUCAUGUGGGAGCUUUGCAUAAUGUACCUGUUACUGCUUCUAGAAUAUUCACAUAUGGUCACACAGAUGAUCUUCAUGUAAUGCUUUGCAACUUAUCAGAACAUUAUCCAAGUACUAAAAUUAUAAUUAUUGGAUAUAGUAUGGGUGGUAAUUUGGUUACUAAAUACCUUGGAGAAUCUCGUCAUAAUAGACCAAGUAGUGUUAUUGCUGGAGUAUCCAUUUGUCAACCUUAUGAUGCUUUGAAGGCAACUGGUGUUUUAUUACAUUGGCAAAACUUCCGAAGACUUUAUUUGUACGCAUUAACAGAAGCAAUAAAAGCUUUAAUUUUGAAACAUAGAAGUAAACUAUUGGCAGAUGACGUUAAAGAACGAUAUUCAUUAAUUGAAAAAGAUAUAAUAUCUGCUGCUACAUUACCAGAACUUGAUGAUGCUUAUACCAGAAAAGUCAAUAAUUUCAAAAACCUUCAUGAGUUUUAUCGAUGGUCGAGUUGCUUGCAUUACAUACCCAAUGUAAAAACGCCAAUGAUAUUUAUUAAUUCAAGAGAUGAUCCAUUGGUACCUGAAGAUUUAUUAAUACCUAUUCAAAAUUUUGCAAAAUCAAAAGAUAAUAUAUUGUACUUGGAACUGAUGCACGGUGGCCACCUUGGAUUUUUUGAAGGCGGAUUUAUGUAUCCUAAUCCUAUAGCAUGGUUGGAUCGGACUUUAGUAACAUUAUUGCCGGGUCUCAGGGAACAUUGUCUUGAUGAUAUGAAAAAAACAGCAGUUUACUGAAUUUAUCCAUCUUUAUCCACUAUAUACAAGUUUAUGUAUAUGUAUAUAUACUAUGCUGUAAAUGGGAUUUUUAUCAUUAUUUAUUACACUGCUAUUGAUAUAAUACCUGAUCUGUUAUAGAAUAUAAUAGAUAGUAGUAGGUAGCUUCAAAAAAUUAUGUGUUUGAGCUUAUAUUUCUUAAAUUUCAAAUUGAACCACUUUAAAUAAGCAAAAGUAGUGCAUAAACCCUACUCUUUAAUUAGCUUGUUAUUUGAGUAUACCUUUUUAUUUGUAUUAAUUAUAUAAAAACAUUAUUGUGAGUUAUAAUUUAUAUUUCACCUUAAUCCUUCUUCAAAUAUUUCUAAGACUUGAACUUAAAUUCUCACAAUUUACAUGAAUAAACUCUCUUUAUGUUUUCCUUAACUUUUUUUGUGUAUGUUUGAAUGCUUUGAGUUUCACGCAAACUAAAACUUUCUCAUCAUUUCAUUAAUAUACAUAACAUUUGUAUGUACUGACUAAUGUAUUAAUUUCACACAAUAAUACAUUAGCACCGUACUAUAAAAUAUUAUCUUAACCCCUCUUGUACAUAUUAUAUAUUAUAUAAUAUAUUCCUACGAAAUUUUUGAAUGACAUUCUAAGUGUUUACAAUUAAAGUAAUGAACUUUUUACCGAUAAUCAACUUUUUUCUGAAAAUUUUAAUAUGAAAUUAUACAUUUUAUUACUAUUAUCAUUUUAGGGAAUUAGAGUGUUUUUCGGUGAAAUUUACUUAUUAUUUAUAAAUUAACAACUGCGAAUUUUUUUAAAAAUAUUGUCUGUUAUAUUAAUUCGUUUUGUUUCAGUACUAUUUGUACUGAAAUAGAAUGCAUUUAUAUGAAAAUAUGAAAACAAUUUGUUAUUUUAACUUAAGUGUUGAAAAAAAUAUUUUUUUUGUUGUAAUUUAUCAACUU